AGCCCUGGUCUCCGAUGAAACGCGCGCCGAGAAAAAUCCGCUCGAGGAGCACUCAGCCUCAUGCCGACCAAUCCCUCAGCACGAUUUCGAACUCAACCAGUCAACCAAUGCUCAACAAUGGAGUGUUCUACUCGCUUCCACGACGAUCUGGAAUGCUUGCCGCCUCACCGAUGAUGACGUCGUCGGGAAAGCGGCGCGAUCUGGAGCUGAAUACACACAGAAGCGAUAAAUUCGAUCAAAAUGACAUUGUUGUGGACCCAAUGGGCAAUGUGCUGAGUGGUUCUCCGGAAGCACUGAUCGCUCGUCUUCUCCCGACCAAGGACGGUGUCCCGGAUGCGAAUUAUAUGUUCACUCUUCUGCUGAACCUGCGAACGGUGAUGUCUCCGGAGGAGUUGAUGCAGAAAAUUGUGCAACAGUGCAUGUUCACUCAAAACGCUGACGCAGUGAACUUUUGCCGAGAAGGUCGUGACCGCAUGUUCUCACAUAUGUUGCGACUUUGUCGUGAAUGGGCAAGCAAUAUCCCACACGAUUUCCGAAACGAGCAUAUGAGAACGAGGCUCAGCGAGUUACUUGGCUUAUGCUCUGUAGAUAGAAAUUUCAAGCAAAAAGUUGCCGACUUGCAAAGCACACUCAAAUCUCAAAUCAAAAAGUUGGACAAGUAUGAUAAGGCUGCGAGGAGCCUGCAGGAGGCUUUGAAGGAGAACGAUCAGCGACCAGUGCAAUCUGAUAUUUUAUCUGGCUUGAUCACGGUUUGUCCGGAACCGAAAACCGUAGCACAGCAACUGACCCAUAUCGAAAUGGAGAGGUUCAGCAUGGUAGGAGUAGAUGAAAUUUUGGUAGCGCUGGCAAAUAAUGAUCUAGCAGAACUUGGGCGAAAUAGGAAUGGCGCCAUGGGUUCAAUAUCCUACUACAUCGAAUGGUUCAAUAGGCUGUCGUCUUUUGCUGCUACUGAAGUGCUGAGACAGCUGCGUAAGAAACACAGAGUCGAGGUGAUUGAAUUUCUCAUUGACGUGGCCAAAGAAUGCUGUGAGAUCGGCAAUUUCAACAGUUUAAUGGCCAUUGUCGCUGGACUGUCACUACCAGCCAUUACGAGGUUGAAACGGACUUGGGCCAGAGUUGAGAAGUCGAAACUCGAAAUCCUACAACAUCAGCUUGAUCCCAGUGGAAACUUCCUCUCCUAUCGGGCUACUAUGAAAGCUGCGCAGUGGAGAGCCGAGACUGCUGGCAGCAAGCAAAAGAUCGUUAUUCCGUUUUUCGUUCUCCUGCUGAAGGAUCUCUUUUUGGUCUAUCAUGGCAGCGUGCGAAAUUUGCCAAAUGGACAUUUGAACUUUGUAGCAUACUCUCAAAUCGCUGAACAGUUACAGUCGGUAGUACGAUGGAAAGAAUCCACAUGUACUUUCCCUAAGAACGCAUCUGUGCUACAACAUCUGCUAGUUUCUCCGCUGUAUGGAGAAAAAGAAUCCAUGCUUGCAUCGUUUGAAUGUGAGCCGGCCGAAAGUGGAGCCGAAAGAGAACAGCUAAAGAAGUUGAAAGUGCGCUCUUCAUGAUGCGACUCCCCUGGACUGACUAAUUCAUUGUUUCUAGAGAAUUCUAUUGUUUAUUUUACUCUGUAUCAUUGCCAUAUCACCGUCUAGUGGUUUCUUAACUAGUCUUGUACCUUUAUACAAAAUGGGUACAACUUGCAAUUUAUCAUUCCAUUGUCGUAGUUAGUGGCUAGUAAGGUUCUAGCUUUGUUGUAAAUUUGCUGUAGAUCAACGGCGAAGAUAUGUAUAUUUUUA